UGAGGGUGCGUUCAGGAGGUGUUCCGCUUUCCCUGAAAUUCUUUACUGAUCCGACUUGUUAGAAUUCAAGAUGGCUGCUUCAGGUUGUAGGUGAGGGCUCUUUCCUCCUGCGCCCCAGUGGAUGAAGCUCUCUUGCGGCUGAAGUCUCUCACUGCUGCCUCCCCCCGUCUGCGUCUGUCGUUGCAACAUGUCCUCCUCAUCCUCCUGCUCUUCCUCGGGGGAGACCAGCCCCGAAGAUGUACCUCGUGGUGGGGGCACCAUCCGCGUCUACCUCCCCAACAAGCAGCGGACAGUGGUGAACGUCCGGCCGGGGCAGACCGUUUACGACAGCUUAGAUAAGGCCCUGAAAGUGCGCGGCCUGAGCCAGGACUGCUGCGCUGUGUUUCGGCUCCUGGAGGGUCGUAAGAGGCUGACUGAAUGGAACACAGACAUCACCCCACUGGUAGGGGAAGAACUGCUGGUGGAAGUGCUUGACGAUGUCCCUCUCACCAUGCACAACUAUGUCCGGAAAACAUUCUUCAAGUUAGCAUAUUGUGACUUUUGUCACAAGUUUCUUUUCAACGGGUUCAGAUGUCAGACGUGUGGCUACAAGUUUCACCAACACUGCAGCAGCAAAGUCCCGACAGUGUGUGUGGACAUGGAUACGAUGACAAAACGAUCAAUCCCCACCAAUUACACGGACAGCAAUUACACAGACGACUGCCCUCAGAUAUCUAUACUGAUGAUGCCAGACAGCUCCAUGUCACAAAGUGAUAUAGCCUUAACACCUGACCCCACCGGGCUGAGCCUCCUGUCCCCCACCUCGGCCUUCCGCUUCCCCCUCCCCGGGGCUGACGGCCAGUCCUUGCAGCGGCACCGCUCCACCUCCACGCCCAACGUCCACAUGGUCAGCACGGUAGGACCCGCUGGCACCAGCAUCAUAGAGGAAGCAAUAAAAAACAGCACAAUGGGACCAGAGACGUCCCCCAAGCCCUCCACCAGCCCCCCUUCCCUGGGCUCUCCUGGCCGACGACCCCCCAAAUCCCCCUCAGAGCACAAGGAGCGCAAACCCUCCUCAUCUGACGACAAAAAGAAAGUGCAUCGCGGAGGCUACAGGGACUCCAGCUACUACUGGGAGGUGCAGUCGCGGGAGGUGAACAUCCAGAAGAGGAUCGGAGCGGGCUCCUUCGGGACGGUCUUCAAGGGCAAGUGGCACGGCGACGUGGCCAUCAAGAUCCUCAAGGUGACGGAACCCACCCCCGAGCAACUGCAGGCCUUCAAGAACGAGAUGCAGGUCUUACGAAAGACGCGCCAUGUCAACAUCCUGCUGUUCAUGGGCUUCAUGACGAGGCCCCACUUCGCCAUCAUCACGCAGUGGUGCGAGGGCAGCAGCCUCUACCGCCACCUGCACGUCAUCGAGACCAAGUUCGACACCAUGCGCCGCAUCGACGUGGCGCGCCAAACGGCACAGGGCAUGGAUUAUCUACAUGCCAAGAAUAUAAUUCAUCGGGACCUGAAAUCAAACAACAUCUUCCUGCACGAGGGCUGGACGGUGAAGAUCGGCGACUUCGGCCUGGCCACAGUGAAGUCCCGCUGGACGGGAUCGCAGCAGGUGGAGCAGCCCAGCGGCUCUAUCCUGUGGAUGGCUCCUGAGGUGAUCCGGAUGCAGGACACCAACCCCUACACCUUCCAGUCAGACGUUUAUGGCUACGGUGUGGUAUUGUUUGAGCUCAUGUCCAGCACGCUGCCUUACUCCAACAUCAACAAUCGGGAUCAGAUCAUCUUCAUGGUGGGCCGAGGAUACCUGUCGCCAGACCUCAGUAAACUCACAGCGAACUGCCCCAAGUCUAUGAAGAGGCUCAUCAUCGACUGUCUCAAAUUCAAGCGUGACGAGCGGCCCCUAUUCCCACAGAUCCUGGUGUCCAUUGAGCAGGUCCAGGACCUGUUGCCAAAAAUCGAGAGGAGUGCCUCGGAGCCUUCCCUGCACCGGGCCGUGCACGCCGAGGACCUGAACCCGCUGCUGUUCCACACCACCAGGCUCAUGCCCUUGUGAGGGCACUAUGCCACGUCAUGGCCAGAGGGUGCCACAGAGAGAGAGAGGGAGAGAGAAAGAGAGAUGGAGAGAGAGUGAGAGAAGCAGGGAGAAAGAGAACAAGCAACUUUCCAGCCCCUCUAGUUCCUUCUGGAGCCUGACUGCUGCUGCCCAUACCCCCCUCCCCCUUUGAGCUGCACCAGGGUAUUGGCCUCAAGAAACACAAACACACACACACACACACACACACACACACGCACAUAUGUUUGGGAAUAUACAUGCACACAAAGCCCUUUGCGGUUCUCAAAGACACAUCUGGCCGAACUCCAUAUGUUUUAGCGGGGGAUUCCUAGGUGCUGCAGCACUACAGCAAGCAGGCUUCGACUGUGUAGUGCUGCAGAUCAGAGAGUUGGGUUGGGUUGGCGAGAGGCGAGCGAUCUUGUGGCGCUCCCUGGAAUUUGAUGGUGUUGUGCUGGCGUCAUGCUGGCCAAGUUGUUUAAAGUCCCCCCCUCCCCUCCCUUUUCAUCUGUUGUUUUGGAAAAUACUUCUUGAGAGAAGACGGAAACAUGUGUCCAGAAACCCCACUAAAAAACUUCAGGGACAACUCGAGUGUUUUCGUAUGUGGUUUUUUCAGUGAUUUCAUUUCAGUUUCUGGCUGGCUUGCUGAUUUCAGUUUGUUUGUUUUUUUUGUCCUUAUUUUGUUACUUUUAUACAGCAGAAUGUAAAUAUAUCAGUCAAGAGUUUUAAUUAGUCCUUUAACAUCAGCUAGCUUUUUAACAUCAAUCAGUUUUUACAUAAUCAUGUCAUUCUGAGCUGCCGUGUUCUCUUCUUUGCUCAAGUGCACAUGUGUACGAAUCCCUCCCCACUUUUUAUUUUCGACCAGAUGGAACAACAAUGUUGUUUCUUAAUUUUUUUUUUUUCUGUUUUCAUUCCAUUUCAAGACCAAUUUUAAUCCCCGUCACCAUGAGCUGCUAAUUUAGGAAAAGCCCUGUGGCUACACUUUGUCAUUCAAAAGUAAUUGUGAGUGAGAGCUGGUCUGGUGAGAGGACUGUUAAUUGCACCCCUGGAUCUUGGUGUGGGUGAGCAACCAAGCCGAUGGCGAUGGCUAAUGCUCCUUUGUCGCUAGACAACCAGAAACACAUAAAUUGUGGGCUUAGGGUCUGUGAAGUCGAAACAGCCGCCAUGCUGUCUUGAUUUUAGAGCUGAACUGAUAAACAGUUCAACAUCAUGUGUUUUUUGUGAGUGCCUCAAUGAAUUGAAAGUGCCCAUUGCACAGAAUACAUCUGAUUUGCUCAGAGUCAAGACAGCAUUGCGGCACAUAGUUUGGCGCAACAAGACUUGGUCCAUGGAAUGAAUACGAAUAUUUAAAUGCAUUUUGUGCAAAGCAAAUGUCUUGUUUACGUUUCAUUUCCUCUGUUGUCUCACUUCAGCGGCGCUUGCAAUUUCAAGCUUUUGUCCUUACGCUUUGUGCAAUAAAAGUUUUGCUUUCGGUCAGAAACAAUAAGGAUGAUCUAUCCUUAGUUCUCUUUGUCAUAAAGGCAAAAAACCCCCCUUUUUUUUCAAUCUCCCUGGAAACCAGUAAUAACCUGAAUGGAGUAUAUUGGAUCGUGUCAGAUCUUAGUGUGCUGCUUGUCAGUUGUGGUGGGUUUUUUUUCUGUUUCCAUUUUAUGUCUAGCAUUUACUAUUUGAGACUGCACAUGAUGCAGACAAGAUAAGAACUUGCAUCUGACCAGAGCAAUAACACUUUCUCGAGUGAACAUUGGUGCAGAGAGACAACAGAUAGGUAGGCACAACUGUUUGAAGAUGGGCCUCACACAGAGUGGCUUUUUAAAGAAAAAAAGAAACAAAAGGCAUUCCGUAAACCACACUGACGUCCAUUCGUUUCAAUCUCCUCGUGUGCGCGUCUUGUCGGAGGAAGCUCAGUUCUGAGGUCCUUGCAGAGCCGUAGAGAUGAGGUCGGGGAGACGCGAAGAGACUCUAGGUGACCUAGAAUGAGAGUAGAGUAGCAGCAGCAGCAGCAGCAGGACACCUUCUCGCCCUCUGACGCUCCCUCCCUCCCACCCUUCUCCACCAGCAGACACAGCUGCAGCGGCCGCGAGGCCUUGCAGAGACGCUGCUUGCAGUGGAGGUUCCAUGGCUGCUGGUGCAGCUAAAAGCAGGCUGCAUGGCUUGCAGCACUCAGCUGAUUUUUGGUUGUGCGUCUUAUUGCAAUAUCUGGUUGGCUGAAUGUCAUUUGGCUUUUCUUUCUUUUUCUUUCCGUUUUAUUUAUUUUAUAAGUUACACAGUGUACUGGCACUUUGCAUCACACACAGAGAAAAGACCACUUUCUGUAAUACUGUAAGCACAUUGCCGGCAUAAAGAAUGCACCAUCACAUAGAAAUAGCCGUUUUGGCAUGAUCUGUCUAACAAAGUGACGUGGUUUUAAUGAUUGUUUUAAAUUACUUCUCUUUAACUGUAAAAUGGAAGUAUGUCUUGUGGGUUUUGUGCUUGGUUUAAGGCUAUGUGGGGUCUUGAGUUAUUUGUUUAACGUGCUUUUGAUUAUUCCUUGUUUGGCUAAUGGUUACAAGGUUGUGUCUGUUGACAUUUCAGUGUCAGUGUGUGAUGGAACAGUUUCUGUUCUCCUUUGUGUGGAUAGGGCCUCCACUCCUUUGGCCUCCAUCUUGUGCAGCAGCCUCAGUUUGGGCAAGCUUCUCAAUGUCGACUCCUCAAUCAUCGUUUUUUAUCAAGAUGGCCAAGUUGGUCAGUGCAGUGGUUUCAGAGACCAAAACAGUACAUCUUCAAAAAAAACCUGUUGUUUUUGUUGUUGUUGUUCAGGUAGUCGUAGCAACAGACCUGUUGCACAGAACUCGUGAUCAAACUAGGAAAUGCGUUUUGUCUUUCUUGAUGUUGAAGAGGGAAGAAAAACUGAAAAUGAAUAUGAUUGCACUUGUCUACAACCACAAUGUUGGUGUGCUACUAUUUUUAUCUGCAGUCCUAACUUCAUAUGAGGGGCAGCUGAAAACCACAAGGGGGCAAUGUUCUGAGCAGGACUAAAGAUAUUGCGCUAGUUGGACCACAUACGUGUGGAUCACAUAUCUCAUUCCUGUGUGGGUUUAACCACGCACUAGAUGCAGAUUCAGACGUUAGCAGAAGAGCAGAGGCUGUGGUGUUUGAGUGUUUCGACAUGAGCCUCGCACGAGGGGAAGACAACUGAAAUGGGUUUCUCUGUGCAUAAUUUAUUGGCUAAAAUGUUACAGAACAAACAACUGACACUCAUUUUAUUGUUGAAAUGUAGGUUGUAGUCUAUAGUUUUUUUUUUUGUAUUUGAAAUGGGGCUGGGUACCCCUCUAUAAAAUGCUUAAUUUUAAGGAGAUUGCUUCGGUCGACGAUGAAUAGCACACACUUUUUCCUGGGCAUUAAGAGCAUGUCCGCUGAAAAAAAGAGUGAAUCCAUUACUAUUUAUUACCUGCAGUCAGGCGAUAUAUUAUCUGUUGCAUGAUUUCUGUUGGCUGGGGACUAAUAGGCACAAAGUCAAUCUGAGCAGGCAGGAUAAGGCUUUACUGACAUGAUGGUGUCUGGUGUGACACAAAAGAUGCGUCAGUGCAUGUCUCUUCAUGUGUGUCCAAACAAUAACAACCCCCCCCCCCACCCCACCCCCGCCCGCACACACACCUCCACCACCACCACCAUUUUGUCCUCUGUCUAUCAUGCUAGGCUCUCUCUAGUGUCCUUUCCUCCAUUUGGUAGUGUAGAAUCUCCAAAGAAUCCAAAAUGGAAUUCGUUGGUGGUUAUGUGAGGGAGGGGGCAGCAUUUUGCAUGAUGGUCCCAAAUCAGGCUCUAGCUAGAAACAAAUAUGCACAAGAUUGAACUCCUAAUAUCAUGAUAAGUCUUGCACAUAUAACUGUAGUGUACUGUAUAGUGUUUUUCAUAUUUAAUCAUUCCGGUAUGAGGCAGUAAUUUGCUGGCCUACAGACCAGGUGGAAUUUUGAGCCCCAGUAAAAUAAUGGUUAACAAACUUUUGUUAAAAAAAAAUGAUGGUGUUGACUCAAGAAAAAGCCAUUCAUCAAGUUAUUUCUGAUCAUUGGUGAAGUGAUGCAUCACUUUGAUUUUGACCAUGUGACGUCAACACCAACUAAAGUGAUUCUAAAGUGAUUUGUAAAAAGCUUCCAAACUAAUUAAAUUCCUCUUUGAGAUUCCUCCCCAGUCAUGUACAACCCCAGGGUGAAGUGUCAGACUGUUUUCUUCCUUUUUUCCCCUUUUUGAGCAGAGAAGAGAAUGGUUGUUUAAUUAAUGUGUUGACAUAGUUCUGCGUACUUUUAGGCAAAUUGCAGUAAUUUUGUGUGUAUAGUUUUAAAGGAUUUUCUGGGGUGUUCCGUGUGGAAAAAAAGUUGUACUCUGCUGUGUACAGUUACAUUUUUUUUUAAUUAUGAAAUUGUACUUGUUUCUAUUUUUUGUGUGAUGGUUUAAAAAAGAACAAAAUUAUUUUAAAAAAUGUAAAGGAAAAUCUUAGUAUUUUUUUAGUUUUCUUUUUUUUUUUUGGUCUUAAAAUAUGGAGGAGACAGGAUUUUAUUCUUGAAAUAAAACCAUGGACUGCUGAUGUAGCUUGUA